AUGGUUCUAACAGCAACUAAAAAGGCAAAAGUAUCCAAUGACGUUAAAGUGCAAGUUGGGCUAGUUUGUAAUGAUGGGAAUGGUAGAUUAAAGAAACUAACAAGACACUACAAACAUACAAGACACUAUAAACAAUUUGAUAAUGGUGAUAUAUACGUUAUCCUUUAUCAAGACAUGACUCAAGUUAAAAACCUUCCAGGCAGCAAUACACCAUUCACCUUGGGAGUGUAUAAACCUGAUCUACUCAAGCCAUGCUCCAAAAUGUUUUUUUGGUUGUGUUCUAUGGAAGAUUUUGAAAUUUGUACAUGCGACAAUGAUGAGAGUGAAAAUGAAGAUCUAAUGUGCAGUGGUGCUUUUGGUUUGUCUGAAGGCAAAGGUAGUGACAAUGAAGAUCUAAUGUCCUUGACACCCAUUGCAACACCACUUGUACCGUUAAUUCAUGCCAUUGAUGACAAAUCUGUAUAUUCUCGCAAUUCUCCACAUCAUGACAUCAUCACAGUCAUCCAGGAGUGCAGGCCCUGGAAUAGAGAAAUACUUAGUUCCACACCAAUGCCAUUUAUAUUAUGCUCGUGAUGAAGUUGAAUCACAUGCAGAUGCCUGUGCAGAAAACUGGUUAGAUACUGUUGGUGAAUGUCCAGUUGUUGUAAACCUUUCUGAGGAGCAAGACGUAGAAAAUGAUCAUCCAGAAGAGAUUUCAGCAAUGGAUCAUAUUGAAAACAUUUGUGAACGGUUGGAAGACAUGAAGAGAAUUUUAAAAAAAAACUAA